AAGCCUGUUGCCAAUGGAAAAACAAAAUCUCCCACUCUAUACCGCGGUUGGGAUGAGCCAGGGAGCUACGUAUGGUCCUAUAUCGUCACGAAAGUCGAAGCACGAUUCCGCUUUGCAAACUUACGGUAUCGAGUUGAAGCAGGAUCUAGGAGGAAGGCACCGCGUGGAAAGAUCCCGUAUCUUGAACUGGGCUCUGGAUUGACUGUUAAUCCUACUAUUCUGUCCGAUUCAUCAAUUAUUAUAGCGAAGUUAGUAGAAAGUGGUCAACUUCCCGAUCUCAACGCGAGUUUAUCCCCAGUGGACAGAGCUCAUGAUUUGGCUCUCCGAUCAUUACUAGAAGAGAAGUGGUAUUUCUAUCAAGUACGCUAUUUCUUCUCUCCUCUAUGAAAAAUGGGUAAAGCAGUUAGCUAAUUCAACACAGGCCUGUGAGAAAUGGAAUGAGAAUUACAUCGCGAUGCGUGACCAUAUUCUCUGGCAUCUCCCACAUUUCCUGCAAGUGAUACUUGGAUUCUUCAUCUACCGCCAAAUCAGCGCCACGCUCCGCAGUCAGGGUUCUGGCCGUUUCUCGUCUGAUGAACUUGCUUCUUUCUCAUUCGAUAUCUGGCAGAGUGUCAAUGCGCUACUUGUAGAAUCUCAAAAUGGCCAGCAGAAAAGUGAUCAGCCGUUUUGGGUAUUAAGGGGAGAGGGACCAAGUGAGGCUGAUGCUGCGCUUUAUGGAGCUAUAGCGGCGGCUUUGGUGUCUACUGCGUAUGUGGUUCGUGAAGUUUGGAUAGAGUGUUGAAACUGAUGGUUCCAUAGAUGUCCAAAGGCUAAGGCUCUUGUGGAGAGCUUUCCUACUAUUAUGGAUUAUGCCACAAGAAUUCACAAUCGUUAUUUUCCCGACUAUGAGAUGUGGGAGUAG